AUGGCUUCCGCAAAGCAAAGCAGCAGUAGUACAGAGGAACGACAGCUUCUUGCCAAAGCUUGGUUCGACCGAUACAUCAAUUUGGAGGAUCUGUUUAGGUGCGCCAUUUGUCACUGUGCGAUCAGUGUUAAACAUCCGAUUCAUUGUCCGCACUGUUCGAAGCUUUUCUGCAGGCAAUGCAUCGAUCAAUGGCUGAAUAGACGCGAUGGACGCGAGAGACGUUCGAUGGACUCCAUAGUGAAGCGUUGUCCUUGCUGUCAGUCGCAAGUGGAGGCGAAUAGUUUUGUCUGUUGCCGCGUCUAUCGGGAUGUGAUUGACUUGACUCAGCAACUAAGGGACAACGUCGAGGAAUUGAUUCAAGUUAUUCGUAGACCACUUAGGAUGUGUGAUAAGCACGAAAAGGAACUGCUAUUGUUUUGUCAGGCCUGUGGUUGUUGCAUUUGCGUGAAAUGUUUGUUUAGCGAACCGCAUAGCGUACAUAAUUCUAAGGUUUUAGACUUAGACAGUGCUCGACAGAAAUUCAAAGAAAUGAUCGCAAAAGAGAACCAAUUCCUGACGGCCAGAUUGAAGGCAUUGCAAAGUAUCAGCUUUCAGAUUGCGACGAAUGAAAGCGACAUAACGGAUGCCAAUGACCAUAUUGUCAACCAAUUGCACUGGGCCGCGGAACGUUUGAUUGAUAAGUUGAGAGACGAAAUGAGCGAACGGUUUGGUCAGAACACUGAACCGGUCAAAGAUACUAAGCAGCAGCACAAGGAGGUGGAAAACGUGAUGCAGAAGGCGAUCGAGUUAGCUAGUGAGGAUACGAGUCCUGAAGUGGUGACAGAGAUGUUCAAAAUGCUUGACGUGAUUAAAAAUAUACGUAAAAAGCCUUUACCAGUUCCGCAACUGCCUGAAACUAGUUUUAUUGACCGGAUCACGCCUCCGUUAGUGGUGUUCGACUUUUUAUUGUACAACUUCUCGGAAACGGUAUACCUUAAUCGAUCGAUGCUCUCGGAUGUGAAGUCUAUCGAGGGAUUUACCAUGCAGCUCAAAGGACAUCAGGAGUAUGAUGACAGUGGGAAUGAAGUUAUCCGACUUUCGCUAGUGGUGGUGGACGGGUACGAUGCGCAUGAUGUUAAGGUAUUUUGCUAUCCAACGAAACGUAUGUCGCAAUGCGAACCGCUGGUUAGACUAAUGGACAUCAAACGGUUUGAAAACAAUACCGUACUGGAGUUUAGCGGAUUUCAGGCGAUGGAAGGAUUUCUCGAGGAACGCACCGACGAGCUGCAUCUAAAGAUGAAGAUGCAACUUUGGGCUACUUACUAUGAUAAAUGUGUUCACAAAGAUUGGUAUAUUGCAAAGCUGUUAGGUUGA